AUGGAAGGGAAUCACCAAUUGAAUCAGCGAGUAUAGUUUUAGUUGUGCAUUUAAACUUAAUAAAAACAUUUUUUUGAUGUCACCUGGAGAUCAGGUAACUUUUCCUUCUGUACCCUAUCCACCAGGUGCUCCUGGUACAGGCGCCGCCCCGCUAAAACUUAGCUACCGACGGGAGCUGACUAGGGUCAAUUUAAGUCAUGCAGGUCAUAAGAAACGCAGGGUUGUGGUUCCUAUGGUCUCGGACCUGGCCCCGACCGACCAGGGUCAUGGUCGGGACGCCGGUCCGGACCAUCCACACGCGCACGCCGGAGCUGCAAGACGCGGCGGCCAAGCAGGAAGUUGAAGUGAAGACGGCAGCUCCGAGCCGCAGCAGCUUCAGCAUUUACCCUCCCAUUCUGGGAGAGGAGAGUCCCCUGAGGUGGGCAGGAAAGAAGUUUGAGGAGAUCCCGAUUGCGCACAUCAAAGCCUCCUACAACAACACACAGAUCCAGGUGGUCUCUGCCGCCAACCAGCCCCUUGCCCGUACUUCCUGUGGCACAGAGGGAUUUCGGAAUGCCAAAAAGGGCACAGGCAUCGCAGCACAGACCACAGGCAUAGCUGCAGCAGCGAAAGCUGCAGUGAAAGGUGUGACUCACAUCCGAGUUGUGGUGAAAGGCCUGGGGCCAGGGCGCCUGUCUGCCAUCAAGGGACUGACCAUGGGGGGCCUGGAAGUGAUCUCCAUCACAGACAAUACCCCUAUCCCACACAACGGCUGCCGCCCCAGGAAGGCACGGAGGCUAUGAUGAGAAUGAAGCCUGCAUUCAAACAUGACCCCAAGUCUCAGCCUCCAGUUGGACCUCAUAAGAAGCUCAUCGGCGGUCCAGCAGACCACAAGCACUGUUCUGUGCCAUCCACGGAACAGCGCUUAUGGGAAAUCCUCUGGCAGAAAGGGCGAGUGUUGCCUCUGCUUACUCCUCCAACUGGAAAGGGAUGUGUCCCAGAAGUGAACUUUGCCACUUAGACAUGAAGGGGUCUACAGAGGCAGCCAUGGCCAGGCCCCAACCUCUUCUCUGAGAAAAUAAAAGAAUACCUGUAUCA